AUGGACAAAACGGAUGAGCCCCUCGCCGAAACACCAUCUAGUCAAGACAAAGAAGGCUCAGAUGGCAAAGAUUCGGUCCAAGCACCCGUCACUCCUCCCUCGUUCCCAGAAGGAGGUACAAAAGCAUGGCUGGUGGCAACAGGACACACGAUGACCAUGUUCACGACUUGGGGAUACCUCUACGCUUUCGGUGUAUAUCAGACAUACUACGAGACGCACCAGCUUCGAGACCACUCUCCUUCGGACAUCGCGUGGAUCGGUUCUCUGCAGUUCUUCUUCAUGUGUCUUGGCAUGUUAUUCGGCGGCGCGCUCUUCGAUCGAUUUGGCGGGACAAUCAUACUCCUGCCGGCUGUUUUGGUCUAUGUGUUUUCCAUCAUGAUGACAAGCAUCUGUCUUAAACUAUGGGAGUUCAUCCUGGCUCAAGGCUUGCUAGGAGGGAUUGGCUUAGGACUCCUCCUGGGGCCGUCAAGCGCCGCCACUCCGCAGUACUUCAACAAGAAGCGAGGUGCAGCAAUGGGCCUCGCCCUCACGGGCUCCAGCGUCGACGGCGUCGUCUUCCCCAUCGCCCUCGAACGAAUGCUACAAAACACGAACCUGGGCUUCGGCUGGUCAGUGCGAAUCUGUGGUUUCAUCAUCUUAGGCUUGAUGGUCCCGUCGAGCCUCGUGAUCCAACCACGUCUACCGCCACGAAAGAGAAAGUUCUUCCUGCCCAGGGCAUUCUUGGAGAUACCGUAUGCCUGGAUUUUGUUCGCGUGCUUCUGCAUCUUCAUGGCAAUCUUCACGCCGCCGAUAUUUCUGCCGACGUUCGCUGUGCAGAAUGGCAUGAGUGUGGAGUUGGCGAACUAUCUCAUUGCGAUAUUGAAUGCUGCCAGCUGGCCGAGUCGUCUCCUGUGCGGCGUAUUGGCUGACAAGUUUGGAGCGCUUAACACUCUUACCUUCGUUAGUCUGGGUACAGGAAUCACUCUACUCUGCUGGCAGGUGGUCCACAGCCAUGCAGGCAUCAUCGUCUUCUCGGCAAUGUUCGGUCUCAUUUCAGGGGGUGUCCUGACUGCCGGCAUGGUUGCGUUCGCCUCGAUGCCCAGCAAUCCGCAGAACAUUGGAACCUACAUCGGCAUGGCGUUUGGAGUAGGAGGAAUCGCUACUCUCAUCGCGCCUCCGAUAGACGGCGCGCUGAUUGCGAGUUACCAUGGCUUCGUGCAAGUGUCUAUCUUAAGUGGAGUCUUUUGCCUUGCUGGAGCUGUCUGCGCACUUCUCUCGAAGUUGACGAAAGGUAUAGGAUUGCUAGCAAAGGGAUAG